AUGACAUCCACAGCAAUAAAUAAACUACGAGAUGAAGCGAUUAUUCCACCUUCGCCCUACCCGAUUAAGGCCUGGUUUAACACGUUGAUUGAGUUGGUUAGAUCAGCCCAGUUAACUCAAUCAUAUGAUAAGGAACAGGCGUUUGUACUCUGGUUACGAGCAGCUGGCGUUGCUGAUAUUCUAUCUAAGCAUCCCGAGUUAAGAUCGAGAAGAGACUCGUUAACAUCAUCCAUCACUCAAUACUUAUCAAUCAAUGUACCCACUAUUAUCGAAUCUGCUGGUACCCUUGAAGCUAUUCUUAAGUCUCAAUUGGAUGCGCAACUAUACCAUGAUCAAGAAGAACAAUUGGCGUUGGACGCUGUGGCUAAUCAAAACACUCAAAAGACCUCCUACAACGACAAUUGGGAGGUUAUUCCACCCGCUAUUCCCACUCCCUCCACUAAUAUACCCUCCAUCGACCCUUUCAAACUCUACAAAUUCCUCAGUUCUUCAACUUUCGGCGAUGUCUCACUUCUACUCCUCGAUUGCCGCCCUCUAGACCUCUACAAGCGAUCACGCAUUUCUCUCCACCCACCAGGUGGAAAGGGUAGAGCUGGAGUUGUCUGGAUUGACCCUGUUUCUCUCACUCCCCACCUCUCCCCCGCUACUCUCGAACGCAUCAUCAAAUCCAGCUCCACACGCGGUCACUUUGUCUACUCAAAACGUCACUUAUUCAAUUAUACCGUUGUCUUCGAUGAUUCUUGCCAGGUUAGCAACCUUCCACCCACUUUAUCACACCUCCUCGACUGUUUGAUGAGUCUUGACGACCUCCAGAAUCCUCCUAUGGUCCUCAACGGCGGCUUUACUGCUUACCAACGCAAUAUUGGUCCAGGUGGUGUGGAUGAUACUGCCAGUACUAAUAGCAAUAGUAGUAGUAGUAGCGGCACUGUUCAAUCCCACCAAAAUCAGACUCCCUCUCGCUCCAUGCCUCAGCCAGACCUCGUCGGUAAGGCUGGUCGCAGCGCCAGUGCAGCUCCCGACAUUGGCAAGCUCAAUGGUGUUCCCAACGACAGCAACGACAGCAAUGAUAAUAUCCUCCCUCCUUCCCCCUCUCACACUUCCCAACAAUCCGAUUACAUCUCAUACCAGCCACAAUCUCAAACAUCUCUUUCCCGCCACCCUCGUUCUAGCCUUCCCACUCCACCACUCCCCUCUCGCCCUCCGCACUCGCGCAGACGGAGUGAUCAAGUUGACACUGAACCUUACUCAGGAUACCGACCACGUUUGUCGAUCGAUUACCCCAGCGUGAGUGGCAGUAUCGGUAUGGGUGGUAGAUCAACUCCCAAGCUGCCCGCUCCCACAGCCCAGCCCAUGUCACCUGGUGUGAGUGGGAUGAGUGGUGUGAGUGGGAUGACACGUACUCCUAACCAAACCAGCACUACUACCACUUCCUCUCUCUCCACUUCACCUUACAAAGCCUCCUACUGGCACGGCGAGGUGGUUGGACUGACUGGUCUCAAGAACCUCGGCAAUACGUGCUACAUGAACUCAACGCUGCAGUGUCUAAGCGCAACGGUCCCAUUUGCACGCUUCUUUACGAGUGGGUUGUGGCGCCGCUGCGUUAACCAUUCCAAUAGAUUAGGGAUGCAAGGGCGCUUAGCGGAAAGUUUCAGUCAAAUACUCAGCCACAUGUGGCGAGAGCAAUUCACAUUCAUCUCUCCAAUGACUUUCCGUUCAAUCAUCUGUGCAUUUGCGCGGCAGUUCCACAACACCGACCAGCAUGAUGCGCAGGAGUUUCUUUCUUUCCUACUCGAUGGACUUCACGAGGAUCUCAAAGUGGGAAGUAGUGUUGGGGGUAAUAGUGUAGACAACCAAUCGCACAAUGCAGCCGCGCUUGAAACUCUCCCUACUCCACUGGGGAGUGAGAGAGAAUGGCGGCGCUACAAGACACUCAACGACUCCAUCAUAGUCGACUACUUCCAAGGCCAAUUUCGGAAUAGAAUGGAGUGUCUUAGCUGUCACAAGACGAGUACUACUUACAACGCCUUCAUGUAUCUAUCCCUCCCAGUCCCAGCGCGGCGGUUGAAGGGUAGUGUAUCGCUAACGGCCUGUCUCGAUGCCUUUCUGAAAGAUGAGAUAAUGGAGAAAGACAACGCUUGGCGCUGUCCCAACUGCAAAGUAGCCCGAAGGUCUGUCAAACGUCUCUCUAUAGCCCGCCUCCCACCUGUCCUCCUCAUCCAACUCAAACGAUUUGCUUACGCGGGUCCAUUUUGCGAUAAAGUCGAAACUAAUGUUGCAUUUCCCUUGCGCGGCCUAGAUCUCACACCAUACACACCUCAGAUACAAUCGCGUUCGCAUGUGCAGCCAUUCACCUCGCAGAAUCAGUAUCAGCACGGCGCCAGCGACGAUGUCAAGAAUAAUCCCACGUCUCAAAUUCCACCCUUCAAAUACGACCUGUAUGCUGUCACUAACCACUUCGGGUCCCUCCAGAGUGGGCAUUACACGGCUAACGUACGCUCCGGACAAGACUGGUUCAGUUGUCAGGAUUCCCGUGUCGGUGAGCUCAGCGAGAAAGAUGUGGUGUCUAAGCAUGGCUAUAUGCUUUAUUAUAAACGGUCUCCUUCGACUAACCGCGAAAUGGAGCAGCAGAACGACGAGUCAAUGGAAGGGUUGACUGAUAAGCUGCGCAGGCUGCGUGGCGCGACGAGUGAUAUAUACGACCAAUCCGAGUCGCAGAUACAGGGAAUGAUGGGCAGUGUGGGUGUGUGA